UGCAUUGCUUUGUGACUUCAUAAAUUCAGGUGGCCACAGUGUUUACUAAAAUGAGACGAGAUAAAAUACGAUACCUCUGUCAAAGUAGAUAUAGCAUGAUGUCAUGUUGUGGAGAYAGCUAGCGUGCCCAUGAUCUCCUUAUGCGAUUCGUGAGUUGCUGAAAUURUCCGCUAGCAAAUAUAUGUUUAUACUCGUCAGCGGCAUUAACGUCUUGAGAUAUACAGCUAUAAAAGUUAGCAUUAGCAAGCUACUGUAGUUAGCCAACUAUUUGUGCCUUGAUUGGCGCAUUAGUUAUAUUUUACUUUAGUGUUUGGUGUCAGGUCAGCUAGCUAGUAUCGAUUACGAACUAGUAACGUUAGCUAACUUGCSUCAAACCACAGGUAACGUUAGCUAGCUAAACAGCUAGUCAGGUAACAGUUAGCUAAUUCGACUUGUUAACUCUGGCUAGCCUCACAGCUGGAUCUUUCCACGAUGUGAGUUGGUGUUCGCCUUGCGCAUCAGCUAGUGUUUGCUUACAAUCCUAAAAUGUACACCUUAUUAUCUGGUCUGUACAAAUACGUGUUCCAGAAGGACGAAUACUGCAUCUUGAUCCUAGGACUGGACAAUGCAGGAAAAACGACAUUUCUGGAACAGACUAAGACCAAGUUCAGUAAGAACUACAAGGGAAUGAAUUUGUCCAAAAUCACCACUACAGUUGGACUAAACAUCGGCACAAUCGAUGUGGGCAAGGCUCGCCUAAUGUUCUGGGACCUUGGUGGUCAAGAGGAGCUUCAGUCGCUGUGGGACAAAUACUAUGCUGAGUCCCACGGAGUGAUCUAUGUGAUAGACUCCACCGAUGAGGAGCGCCUAUCAGAAUCAAAAGAGGCCUUUGAGAAAAUGAUCAGCAGUGAGGUUUUGGAAGGUGUGCCUCUCCUGGUGCUCGCCAACAAGCAGGAUGUGGAGAACUGCAUGUCUGUGCCAGACAUCAAAACCGCUUUCAGCGACUGCGCUCCAAAGAUUGGGAAAAGAGAUUGCCUGGUGCAGCCCUGCACAGCCCUAACCGGGCAGGGGGUUAACGAAGGCAUUGAGUGGAUGGUGAAGUGCGUCAUCAGAAACAUUCACCGGACACCGAGACAGAAGGACAUCACAUAGAACAAGCCAUGACCUUCCCAACUCCAGAGCUCCCACAACCAGGAGGUAUUCAUUAGGCACCAAAUGGUAGAAAACAGACUGAAACAGGGAGGGACUAUAUGGACUUACUGUCUAAUAUGAACGGUUUUCGAUUGAAAUACAACCUUAAUGAAUACGAACGACCCAGGUGUCCCUUUUACUACAAUGUGGCUUCCAGAAACCGUGAUGAACUCUACCCAAGCCCUGGCUCCCUGUCCUCUUAUUUGGGUGCUCUGAACUYGUUUAGUUUUCAGAUGCAGCUUAGCGUCAGGGGGAUACAAUUGGGGAUACAAUUGAUUAUUGUGUAUUAUUUGGAUAUGUACCUUGAGGUGUAAAGCUUUUGAAGGCUUUUUCCUUUUGGCCUCAGCUAAUGUGUGUCUUUCUGACCAAACUAUUAUAGCGUCAUCAUGUCGUUAAAGUUUCUCCCUGGCUCUCAGUACCUCCCUUCGGUAAUAUAAUUCCAGGACCUCUAUUCAYAAAGCAUCUCUGAAUAGGAGUACUGAUCUAGGAUCAGUUUAGCCUUUUAGAUCAUAAAGAAUCAGAUUUAUAUGGAUUWUAUUACUCUCAACCCAAUUAGGUUUAGUAGUCUAUCAUUUAACGGUCAAGAGGAUGAAACAUGACAACUUUAUGAUUCAUAUUAUGCAAAGACACUACAUGUAAUGGAAUUGUACAUUGUAACAGAGGGUCAACGAUAUAUUCAUAGACGGGAAAUACUAGUUUUAGAGUUCGAAAUGCCGUGUGGUGUUUGUGUAUGGUUGAGUACCAAAUGGCACCGCAUAGGGCUCUGGUCAAUAGUAGUGCACUGUAUAGGGAAUAGGAUGCCAUUUGGGACACGCCCUCUCUUUUCACUCUGUCAGUCUAACCUGGUGACAUAUGUAAAGUAACGACGAUGAUCAGGCUGAAAACGUAUUUUAAUUACAGUAUGAGGAAGAUUAUGUAAUAAACAUUUCAGAACAGUUAA